AUGUCUGACGAAGAAUUAUCAAAAUCCUCAUCUUCUUCUUCAUUUGUUCCUGUUGAUCGAAGACAAUUGAAUGAUGCUAUACAAAUUAUAAAUGAAGACAAAAUUUUUAAUAAUCAAAUUUUAGAUUAUAUUAAUAAAACUUCACCUUCUGAUGUUGGUAAUAAUUAUCAUAUAAUAUCUGUUUUUGGUUCUCAAUCAACUGGUAAAUCAACAUUAUUGAAUAAAUUGUUUAAUACUAAUUUCGAUGUUAUGGAUGAAUUAAAUAGACAACAAACUACAAAAGGUAUUUGGUUAGCUUAUUCGCCCGUGGUAUCAACAAAUUCAGGUCAUACUUCAUCAAAGUCUAAUAUUUUAGUAAUGGAUGUAGAAGGUACGGAUGGUAGAGAAAGAGGUGAAGAUCAAGAUUUUGAAAGAAAAGCUGCGUUAUUUGCUCUAUCAACUUCAGAAAUUUUAAUAAUUAAUAUUUGGGAAACUCAAAUUGGUUUAUAUCAAGGGGCUAAUAUGGGUUUAUUAAAAACUGUAUUUGAAGUUAAUUUAACCUUAUUUGGUAAAGCUAAAUUGGACACAACAAAGAAAAAUGAUCAUAAAGUUUUAUUGUUAUUUGUAAUUAGAGAUCAUAUUGGAGUCACACCAAUUGAAAGUUUAGCACAAACAUUAAAAGCUGAUUUAGUUAACAUGUGGAAUAAUUUAGCAAAGCCAAAUGAAUUGGCACAUUUACAAUUUGAUGAUUUCUUUGAUAUAAAUUUCCAUGCAUUAAAUCAUAAAGUUUUGCAACCAAAAGAAUUUGAACAAGGUAUCAACAAUUUAGGUGAUAGAUUAAUUGUAAAUAAUGAAUUAUUUAGACUUGAAUAUCAUCAUAAUAUACCAAUUGAUGGUUGGACUUUAUACGCUGAAAAAUGUUGGGAACAAAUUGAAAAUAAUAAAGAUUUAGAUUUACCAACACAACAAAUUUUAGUAGCACAAUUUAAAUGUGAUGAAAUUGUUGAUCAUGAAUUCAAUGAAUUUUUGAUUAAGUUUCAAGAAUUUUUCAAAGAAAUUAAGGAGGAUCCAGAUCAUGAACAAUUGGGUUUAUUAUUUAUAGAUUUAAGAAAUGAUAUUUUGGAAAAUUAUGAUCAAGAUGCAUCUAAAUAUAAUUCAAUAGUUUAUGAACAAAGAAGAAAUAAGUUGAAAAGUUUAAUGAAUGAAAAAUUUAAGGAAAUUUUUUAUGUAUAUUCUAAACAAUUGAUUAAUAAGAGUUUGGUACAAUUCCAAAAGGAUUUAGUCGAUUUAAAAGGUAUUGAUUUUCAUAAUAAACAACAAGCUAUAGCUGCUAAAUUAAUUGAAGAUAUAAUUUUGAAUCUUGGUUUUAUUUCAUUACAAGGUGAUAUUCCAACAAAUGAUAUAACAACUACAUUAAAAAAAGACAUGGAUGAAAUCAUAAGUAUACAACAAAAGAUUGAAUUGAAUAAUAUUGUAAAUAAAUCAAGUAAAAAAUUGUCAAAUAACUUAUCGAAAUUUAUUCAAUCUGAAAUCCCAAAUGUUACUGAAAAUACAUGGAAUAAUAUUUUAGAACAUUUUAAUAAGUUAGUUUCUGAAUUUACUGAAAAAUAUAGUUAUGGAUUCGAUUUAGGAACAACUGAUGAAGAAAAUGAAAUGGCUAUUUCAAAGUUUAAAUUCAAAUCAUGGAAUCAAUUUUAUGGAAUUUUGCAUAAAUUAAUUACAGAGGAAAAAUUAUUAGUUUUAUUACAAGAUAGAUUUGAUGAUAAAUUUAGAUAUGAUGAGAAUGGAUUACCUAAAUUAUAUCAAGAUUCAACUGAAUUGGAAAAGACAUUUAGUGACGCAAAAGAAUAUGCAUUAAAAAUUUUACCAACAUUAACUAUUGCAAAAUUAAAUGAUGAUUCAGAAAUUAUACCAGAGUAUGAUAUAUUUAAUCAAGAAUUGAGAAGGAAAUAUUUAGGAGUAAUUGAAGAUGAAGAUGAUGAAGAUGAAGGAGAAAGAUGUUUUGCAGAAAUUAUUAACGAACAAGAUAAAUCGACCAUAUUAACUAAAUUUAAGAAGGAAAUAGAUGCAAAAUUUGUUGAAACUAAAAGAUCUAUUGUCCAACAUAUCACAUCAAUACCAUAUUAUAUUUACAUUAUCAUUAUAUUACUCGGUUGGAAUGAAUUUAUGGCAGUUAUUAGAAAUCCAUUCUUUUUUUCACUAUUAAUUUUAAUUGGUGCAUCAUUAUAUAUAUUAUAUACCAUGAAUUUAUUAAAACCAGCUAUGGUAGUUGCACAAAGAAUGAUCGAUGAAGUCAUUGUUGUUGCAAAGGAGAAAUUAAGAGAAGUAUUAAUUGAUGAUCAUGCAGCUCAAGCAAGAAAUUUAGCGAAAAUAGCCGGAAACAAACCGGAGGAUGAAGGUGAGGAAAUUGAAUUACAAGAAGUAAAUAGGUGA